AUGGCCUCAUCUACUUGGGUGAGCCCAGAAGAAUAUGAGAGACGGGAGAAGUAUCUCCGUGCAGGGCUACGAGAAGUUGAUCUCAUGGAUCCGUACACUUGGUCCCGACCUGCCUCAGGGUAUUGUUGCGCCUUGAGCGAUGGAGCUGCUGCGAUGUUUGGCCUAAUGUUAGUUACUGCACGUCUUUACGACAUAUGGAACAAAAAGCCAUUCUAUUUCGGUAAGUGUUCAUUGAACUUUUACCAACUUUCCUUUUUGGUUUUUUUACCGCUUUCCAUUUUGUAA